UCCAGCCGCCCCUCUCCACUCCCUUCUUCUCCUUUUUCUUCUUCUUCUUCUUCUUUUUCUUCCUCUCUUCCAUCAGUCUCCCUCUCAGUUGCUCAUAACAUCACCGAUAUGCUCUCUGGUAUGCCGGAGUACAGCCUCUUCAACAGCUCCGACUUCCGCCGACAAAAAUCACCAGUCAAGAAGCCUACUGCCAAUCCCGUGGCUGCUCAAAAUCCGGUUACCCGAUCUGUUGUCACUAGCCAUACAUCCGACAAUGAAGAUGAUGACGAGUCUGGUACAGAAUCCGGUUCUGAUUCUGAACCUUCACCAGAAAAGUCUGGUAGCCCCUCUCGAAGUGCCGAUCCAAACAUAAAACCCUUUCCACCAGUCCCUUCUCCACACCAUCUUCCAACCCGUUCGCACCAAAAACACCUGCGUAUGUAGCCCCUGAAGUUCUAGCUUGAAAGGGGUAUGAUGCAGCGAAGGUGCAUAUUUGGUCUUGUGGAGUGAUUUUGUUUGUUUUAAUGGCUGGUUAUCUUCCAUUUCAUGAUCAGAACAAAGAGUGAAAGAGAGAGAGAGAGAGAGAGAGAGAGAGAGAGUGGAGAAGACUGAUCAGUUAAUAUCGAAAACCCAUUCUCUCUCGCUCACUUCAAUCCCCUCCCUUGAAAACAAAUUUUUUGGGGGGUCUGCUAAUCAAGGUUUAUCUGCUUCGAGUACGAGCUGAAAAAUGCAUAAGUUGAGUAGAGGUCACCGUGACAAAGUUCAGCAGUUCAUAGCAAUCACUGGGACAAGUGAAAAAGUUGCACUUCAGGCUUUAAAGGCCAGUGAUUGGCAUUUUGAAGGGGCUUUUGAUAUUUUCUACACUCAGCCACAGGUGGAUCCUCAAGAUAUUGUCAUGUUGGUUUUGUCCUGGCAUAUGAAGGCUGCAACAAUGUGUGAAUUUUCCAAGCGGGAGCUUAUGGGUGGAUUGCAAUCACUGGGGGUAGAUUCACUUGAGAAGCUUUGUGAAAGGAUACGAUAUAUGCAUUCUGAACAAAAAGAUGAACAAAAGUUCCAUGAGAUAUACAACUUUGCUUUUGGCUGGGCUAAAGAGAAGGGCCAGAAGUCUCUUGCAUUGGAUACAGCUAUUGGGAUGUGGUAGUUACUAUUUGCUGAAAAGCAGUGGCCAUUGGUUGAUCACUGGUGCCAAUUCUUCCAGGAGUAACUCUAA